CGGGCCGGUGGUCGGACGCGCUGUGGCGGCGAGCUGGAGGACUGGCUGACGGCCUCCAAGAAGCCUACAGGCCUCGCAGGAAAUUGAGGAUUGCUAUGGCCUCAGUUUGACAAGAACUACCUUGCUGUUUUCACAGAAAUCUCAUUGAAGAAUAAGCUCAAAGGAACAUUUGUCUCUCCAUGAUUCUGUUACUAGCAAAUAUUUUCAAUAAUCAUGCUUAUGUUUGACCUGUGCUAAGGAACCCAUCGAAGGUUCUAUAACUCUAUUGCAAAAGCACCUGUCUUUUUUGGUGAAUGUUCCUAAAGGCCUUUCCUGAACCAGCUUGAGAGGCACAAGCCUCUUGGAACCUACAACAUGGAAGCUUUGGAAGUGGAUGAUAUCAGCCCAGCCUUAGAGGUUACUGAGGAUUUCUUUAGUACCUUUGAUAGCAAGCUAGAAAAGGCUGUGCAGCAAGCAGAGGUUUAUGGGAUUCAGGAAGUCCCUGAGCUGGUAGGGCAUGAAGUACUCAGUAACAGAACAGACAAUGGUGCUAUGAGAAAUGUUGCCUCCCUGGGCAAGGGGGGCAUGAUUUGGGAGCACUGUCAGAGCAGACUCUUAGAAACCAAAGCUCAAAAUGUCUAUCCUGCCAAAGAACAGUGUAUGGUCCAGAGAGGGACAACCCCAGAUAAUCUAUCCUGGAUGGAACAAAAGGAAGCAUCAACGUUUAAUUUUUUCAAUAUCUGUCAGCGUCGGAGAGAUAGACCUCGUUCUGUGAAUGACUUACUGGAGGAGACCUCCACUUUCAAGCCAGGGCAUGCUCGAUCAAGGUCAGAUGUUACCCAAGCAGACUGGCGAGUCAUCCUCAAAACCAUGCCUUUGCAUCAACAGCAGCGGCAGCAGCCAUCUCUUCAAGGCCCUCAUAUCACCAGGCCCUCUUUCCUGUUGCCCUUACCAAGUAAGGUAGAAGAUGCGCAAGGAAAUACUGAGCACAAACAAACAUUCCCAAACAUUCUGAAGAAGGGUUACCUGGAAAUUAGGAAGGACCACGACAGUUACUGGCAAAGCUGUUACGCAGAACUCUCACCCUAUAACUUAUGCUUCUACAGUCUUGACAACAGUGGGAAUCAAAACCUCUGUGCCACAUACCAGCUUUCACACUUCCAGAGCAUAUCUGUCUUGGGUCAGCUUGAGGCCAGGAUGGUGGAUACUGUCCUCUAUGACAACACUCAGCUACAGCUCAAAGCAGAGUCACCGUGGGAGGCUUUGGACUGGGGGCAGAAGCUCUGGGAAGUUGUGCAGGCUGCUGUGCCUGGUUACAUGGGACGACAGGAUGAACUGGUGAUCUCACCUGGGCUCAGCCACCAUGUUAACUGUACACAGAAUCAUUGUUUACAGAAGAAAGCCCAUGGGCUGCUACCACCAUCCCCUGGCUUGGAUAGCCCCAAGCAGUACCAAAACAUCCUCAAAUCAGGGACACUUUACAGACUGACUGUCCAGAAUAACUGGAAAGCAUUUACGUUUGUGCUAAGCAAGGCCUACCUUCUGGCCUUUCAGCCCGGCAAGCUAGAUGAGGAUCCCCUGUUGAGCUACAAUGUAGAUGUGUGUCUGGCUGUCCAGAUAGAUCACCUGGAUGGCUGUGACUCUUGCUUUCAAGUCAUUUUCCCCCAGGAUGUCCUCCGCCUCCGAGCCGAGACCAGGCAGAGGGCUCAGGAGUGGAUGGAGGCUCUGAAGACAGCGGCCAAUGCGGCAAGGAGUUGGGAGCAGAACUUGCAAGUCACAUUGAGGAGUAAACCCAAGGAACAAGUGGAGGGGCAUGAACUCAGGAAGAACAAACGUCAGUCCGUGACCACCAGCUUCCUAAGCAUCCUGACAACUUUAUCUUUGGAGCGAGGACUUACUGCUCAGAGUUUCAAAUGUGCAGGAUGCCAGUGUUCUAUCGGCCUUUCCAAUGGGAAAGCCAAGGUGUGCAAUUACAGUGGGUGGUACUACUGCAGCAGCUGCCAUGUGGAUGACAGCUUCCUCAUCCCAGCCCGCAUAGUGCACAACUGGGAUACUUCAAAAUAUAAGGUGUCUAAGCAGGCCAAAGAGUUCCUGGAGUAUGUGUAUGAAGAGCCCCUGAUCGACAUCCAACAGGAGAACCCCAUGCUGUACCUCCAUGCCGAGCCGCUGGCCACCGUGGUGCGCCUGCGGCAGCGGCUAAAAUCACUGAGAGCCUACCUGUUCAGUUGCCGGGCAGCGGUGGCAGAGGAUCUGCGUCGCAGAAUCUUCCCUCGAGAAUACCUCCUUCAGCAGAUCCACUUGUACUCCCUCGCCGACCUGCAGCAGGUAAUAGAGGGAAAACUGGCUCCAUUCUUGGGCAAGGUCAUUAAAUUCGCUACUGCACACGUGUACAGCUGCAGCCUCUGUAGCCAGAAGGGGUUCAUCUGCGAAAUCUGUAACAAUGGCGAGAUCCUCUACCCUUUUGAAGAUAUUUCAACCAGCAGGUGUGAGAGCUGUGGAGCCGUCUUCCAUGCUGAAUGCAAAGAAAAGUCUGUCCCCUGCCCACGGUGCGUCCGACGAGAGCUGCAGAAGAAGCAAAAGUCCUUCUGGCGGCAGCUGAAUGUGGACGAGAGCCUGGAGGAGGCAUGCACCAUGUUUGAGCUGUCCUACCAGAACACCUGACUACCAGGCCACUGCCAGCAUGCACCCUGCAGUGGCCCGUGACCAAGUGGCUCCCAGGCAACCACACGCAGCAGAGAUGAAGGGCCUGUCUCCUCUUCCGUUAGAUGUAGCUACCUACGUUUAUUUUACUUACAUGUAUACACACCUGUACGUCCUGUACAUAUGUUCUGUACAGAUCGUCUAACGAGGCAGCAAGCCUCUGUGGAUGAAAACCUACCCACAUGCUUGGCCAUGAACUUCAGCUGCUUGUUCCUAGCACCUGUGGUUUACAUACAAUGCUUUAUAUAGUUCAGAGUUUUUUGUUUUAUUUUGUUUUGUUUGGCCUUUUAGGGGCCAUUUUUACAUAUGACAUAGGAAGAAGCAUUUCCUGCAGUCAAACACUGCUUUGUUUAUUUCUGUAUUAUGUAUUUUUAGCUUUCACAGGGACGAGGGGAACUGAGGCAGGCACUGUCAUCAUCUGUUUCAUAAGGAAAUCUGCAGAAUACAGAAACAUGCCUGGAUCCUUCCAGGACCCCGUGUCCCUGGCAGAGACCAGGAUCUCUGGAGUAGAGGUGUGAAGCAGGGAGCCAAGCACAUGGCUGUCUCUGACAAAAAGCACUGCCCUGAACUGAGGAGAAGGCUGCUUCUGGUUUUGAAGUUAAUCCCUGAGUUUUCUCCUAAGGAAAGGAGAGGCCUCUGUGACCAAUAACUGCAUGUCUUCUGUUUGCUGGUACGAAUUCCAACACCUGCCUAACCACACAGUCUCCAGCACAUCGGCCACAUUACAACAUGGCUGUCUUAAGAACAGUUUUCCAAAGAUGUUGUGGUGGUAUUUGUGAUAUUUUUCAUGGUGUUGGCUGGAGGAACUUAGAAAUGUCAUUAAAGACAUCAGUGAGUAGACUGGUAGACUAGAUGGUCCGGAUCUUGGAAGAAGCCUUCUUCAGCUUUCUUUCACAGUGUACUGUGCCGGCAGUUCCUACAUGGUCAUUGGAAUGCUUUAUUUCUGUGUUCCUCACUGCACUUCCAUUCUGGCCUUUGUCAAUUUAACCACUUUUGUGUUACUUUUUGUUUAAAAAAUCAGUAAUUUUUGAAAAAAAAAAAAUCCAAUUUUAAGCUAUCAAGAAAAUACCAAAAAAAUUAAUGAAUUGCAUCUAAUAGCAUUUAAGUAGAUAUAUAUAAUUGCUAUUCUAAAGUAAAAAGUACUAAAAUAACAUCCAAGGAAUAAGAAAUAUAACCAACUGCUUUGCUAUUUGGCAGGGUCAUGUCCUCCUACUGCAGUGUCCCUGUAAGAACUAGCAUGGCACGGACCAUGACUGAGGUGGCAGGUAGGACAGCACUGGAAACCUGAUUGCUCCCUUCUUCCUGCCUUGGCUCUACAGAACAAGAGAAUAUUCUUAUAACAAAACAAUUCUCAAGAGACUUCAGAAGAUGGUCAAGGGUCUUUCACACUGAGCAGAUGUGAUCCAUGCGUUCAUGGCUUGGUCGUCCCAUGGCUGCUGGGGGCUGGGGAAGCAGUGGCUCAUGGAGGAUAUGGUGCAUUCACCUCCACACCUUGCUCCCUCCAGAGGCCAGCUCCUGACACGUCUGUCUAUCCAGAGACAUUUCACAGUGACUUUCCUGCAGUUAGAUGUAAGCAAUGCACCUCCCAGCCCUUUGGCCCCAAACCACGUGUUUCAACUUAAUAACUGAGCACCAUGCAUGCAUUUAUUUUCUGAUUUUACAGUAGUGUGACCAAGGCAUGAAACUUGGUGAGAAUCCAGAGCCCUGUUCAUGAGACACCUUGUUGGGUGCCUUUUACUCUUAGAAAAAGCAGGUUGACUCACACUCCCUCCCCCCAAUUAUCGAAAGUGUGCAUACAAAAGGUAAGAGGUGGAAAGUGUCUCAAACACUUGGCAAACAGAUUUGAUCAUCUCUUCUCCUCCCCUUUGUGAAAUACAGUAUUUAUAUUUUCCAGCCCCAGAGAAGAUAGUUGAACAUGAUCUUUCACAAGAGAAUUAUAGACCUGCUUAUUAUAAAACAGAUGUGCUCCCAUGGCAAAGUGCCUUCCCCCUCUGCUCCCAGCCCUGUCACUGGGAGCUUGCUUUUACCUUCACUGGAACUAAUGUAUCUGUGAUUCCGACCUUAGCAAAGCUCUUCCUAGCUUGCUGUGUUUGGAGACCUGAAGUUCAAGGCUGUCCCCACCCUCCUAACAUGUUUGCUGUGUACAGAAUGUUUUAUCCCUACUCACAGGCAUCCAGGAUGAGACCUGCCACAAGUCAAGGGUGACAUUUUGGAUCCCUGAUCUAAACACCUUUGUUUUCGCCAGAAUCCACUUAGCAGGCCCUGCAAAAUAUUAGCAGUCCCUGGGAACUCCUAACAGUUUUCCACCCAUAUCACUCUCUGCUUAUUUUCAAAAGGAAAAAAAAUAAUAAAUGCACCAUCACCAUCAGCUACCCAGAACUGGAACUGAGUCCCUGCUGCUUCUGUUUUCUCUCCUUUUUGUACGAUGCUGACAGCCUGGUUCAUGCCAGCCAUGGGCCUACAACAACAUUCUCUGCCAACACCACUAAAAUCUGCUAGGAUAGAGUGGAGCCAGCUUCCAAGUUGGGUCUGCCAUGAAAAUUCAAAAUUGCUAUUUUCAGCCCAGAAUGCCUUAGAGCACAUGAACACCCUUACUGUUUUCCACCCUAACAAAUUGCUUGGUGCAGUGUUAGGUAAUUGUUCCACUGCUUAGAAACUGUAAGAACAAAAGCAAGUCUGUUGACAAAUCCCUCCUUCUGACUGUGCUAAUACCUGCUUUGCCUCGUGUUCCAUGGUAAAUAUCUUUGCAUGACAUAACAUAUGAGAAAGUGGCCAAUUACUCUCCUGUGACUGGCCGGGUCCAGGGAGCUACUUCUCACUCAAAGGCCCAAUCCCUGCUACACACUUGAGGAACUCCUUCCCUGGUGCCAGAAACACUCAUGUGAGACCAUCCAGCCCUGCUGAAAUGUUGGCUUCUAACCUGAGGUAAAGAAGCCAGCCCCUAAAAUAGACCUCAGUGUGCACAGCCACAGAAAGGGCCACAGAACGUUCACAAAGCAGGCAACUGCAGUGCAAGUAUUCUUUCCAGGGCUGCCUGUUCCAGAUAUGGCAUCUUUAUAGGAAAACCACACAUGCCAAGUAUUGUGCCCUAUCCGAUUUCCUCGCCUGUUCAGGGGCCCGUGUGACAGUCAUUCCGGUGGCUGUAGUGCUGAGGUCCAUCCUGCUGGGAGUAGAACCAUUUGGUGAGAUGAGAGGGUAGUCACUUGGGUCUUCUAGAUGAAGCCACCACCACACAGAAUGCGGCUGUAGGACUCGGGACUUGUGCUUUCCAGCAUAGUGGUGCCCUUUAGACUCCUGAAACGGAGCUGUGCUAUGACUUCCCUUGGACACCAUAAAGACCAAAGUGUGUAUACCGUCCUGUAUAUACUGUCCUGCUUUCCGAUCGCAGUCCUCCUGAUAGCUUCUGUGUGUCACAUGCACACAUU